AUGGCGGGGGACAGCGAGCUUCUUCCCCGGAUCGCGGUGGUCGGCGCGGGCAUCUUCGCGCGCACGCAGUACAUCCCCAGGCUCCGCGAGAUCUCCCACCUCGUCGUCCUCAAGGCCAUCUGGAGCCGCACCCAGGUCAGCGCAGAGGCUGCUGCGGAGCUCGCCCGCGAUUUUGCGCCUGGCAUCGAGUGUAAAUGGGGCGACGCGGGGCUGGAGGAGAUCAUGGGAGACCCUUCCAUCCUGGGUGUCGCCGUCGUUCUUGCAGGCCAAGUCCAGGUUGAGCUUUCCUUGAAGAUGCUCAAGGCAGGAAAGCAUGUGAUCCAAGAGAAACCGGCCUCUGGAUCGACAACCGAAGCAGAAACUGCGCUAUCAGUCUACAACUCAUUCCCAAACAAGUUCCCCUAUAAGCCAAUUUGGGCUCUUGGAGAGAACUACAGAUUUGAACCUGCAUUUGUGGAGUCAAGCAAGUUGAUGAACGAUAUUGGUGAUAUGAUGAACAUCCAAGUUAUUGUUGAAGGAUCAAUGAACAGUUCAAACCCAUAUUUCAAUAGCUCCUGGAGACGAAAUUUUGUGGGUGGUUUCAUACUGGAUAUGGGCGUGCAUUUCAUUGCAGGACUAAGAAUGCUUGUUGGUUCGGAAGUAGCAACUGUAUCGUCUAUCUCUCGUCAUGUGGACACGGAUUUACCACCACCUGAUAACAUUUGUUCUCUUUUCCAACUGGAAAAUGGAUGUGCUGGGGUCUUAGUAUUUGCAGUUAAUUCGAGGUCGCCAAAGAUAUUGUGGCGGGUUGAUGGAACAAAGGGAACAGUAAAAAUUGAACGUGGAGAUGAUGGUGGGAAACAUGGUUACCAGGUGCUUUUCUCAAGUGAAAGUGGGGAGUGCCAGAAGACUUUUUACCCAUUCUGUGGUGUGCAUGAAGAACUGAAAGCAUUUGUCCAUGACAUGGUGCAGGCUAGCAAAGAUGGGGAUCACAAGGCUGAACCCCGCAGUUCUUAUGUCGAAGGUGCUCGUGAUGUUGCUGUUUUGGAAGCCAUGCUUGAAUCUAGCGCGAAGCAAGGAGCCAUGGUGCAAGUGAAGAAAUUCUAA